AUGGAGACAACGGAAAAUGGUCAUGAGGAAUUACUGUCAUUGUUAUUGGCUGUUCUAAAGGUGAGAUUAACAUGUAACUUGAUGCAUGUAAAGAGAACGAAAUGUAGAAGGUUGGUCAAGGAGAUGAUAGAGGGAAUGUCUCCUACCUUCUCCAGGUGUUGUGGUUCCACCAAGGUGGUGGGACGGAUCCUGGCCGCUUGCGCACUCUCCAUGUUCACCUUAAUGGGGAAUAUAUAUAUGGAUUUAAGCCAGACUUUGCAAUCCUGGAGAAAUGCAGAGGAGGCUCUAGGUGGCCUUCCAUCAUGUCAAGACCUUCUUCUCGUCCCCAUGAUCCGACUCAUCCGGGACCAGAUGAUGCAGAAGGGCGGAAAAGGCAGGGUGUUGAUGCUGGAGGAGUUAGCCAUCUCCUGCAAAGAGAAGCCCCACCACUGUCGAAAUGUUGAUUGCCACGUCUUCGUGGAGACGUUGUUAGAGAGGUGGGAUUCCACACUGACGUCUGAGAAGGUCCCGGGAAGGCCUGAGAUCGUUCUGGAACUUCUAGAAGAGUUCAGACAUUCUCAGGAAGACCUCAAUGCAAUGGGAUCCAACCCCGACUGGGCCGAUGUGGCCCUGCUAAGGUUGCUCCUCUGGAUCCAAGGCACAAUGUUGGAAUCAAUGGAAGAUGCUCAAGGCCUAUGGCUGCAGGUCUUCAAUCCGUACAUCAUCGGCUCAUCAGAAAGCGUCCAGGAAUGCGGGGUGGAGAAGAACCUCAGCCUUCUCUUCUCCACUCAACGUUCCUCAAAGGUGGAGAAGAACCUCAACUUUUCCACUCAAAGCUUUUCAGAGAUGGAGAAGAACAUCAACAUUUCCACCCCAAAACAAAGCAACCUUCGCUUCUCCACCCAACGUUCCUCGAAGAUGAAGAAGAUCCUCAACUUUCCCACCCAACAUUCCUCAAAGAUAGGGAAAAACCUCACAUUUUCCAUCCAACAACCCUUGAAGAGGAAGAACCUCCACUUUUUCACCCCAAAUCAAAGUAGCCUUCUCUUCUCCACUCAAGAUUCCUCAAAGAUGGAGAAGAGCCUUAACUUUUCCACCCAAAAUUCCUCCAAGAUGGAGAAGAACCUUAACUUUUCCACCCGGAAUCAAAGUAACCUUCUCUUCUUCGCCCAAAGAUCCACAAAGAUGGAGAAGAACCUCAACUUUUCUUCCAAGAUGGAGAGCCUCAACUCUUCCACCCAACAUCCCUUGAAGAUGGAGAAGAAUCUCAACCUUUCCACCCCAAAUCAAAGCAACCUUUUCUCCAUCCAAAGUUCCUCAAAGAGGGAGAACCUCAACUCUUCCACCCAACAUUCCUUGAAGAUGGAGAAGAAUCUCAACCUUUCCAUCCCAAAGCAAAGCAACCAUUUCUCCAUCCAAAGUUCCUCAAAGAGGGAGAACCUCAACUUUUCCACCCAAUAUCUGAACGAACUUCUCUUCUCCACCCAAAGUUCCUCAAAGAGGGAGAGCCUCAAUUCCACCCAACAUUCCUUGAAGAUAGAGAAGAGUCUCAACUUUUCCACCCCAAAUCUAAACAACCUUUUCUCCAUCCAAAGUUCCUCAAAGAGGGAGAACCUCAACUUUUCCACCCAACAUCUGAGCGACCUUCUCUUCUCCACCCAAAGUUCCUCAAAGAGGGAGAACCUCAACUUUUCCACCCAACGUCUGAGCGACCUUCUCUUCUCCACCCAAAGUUCCUCAAAGAGGGAGAACCUCAACUUUUCCACCCAGCAUCUGAGCAACCUUCUCUUCCCCACCCAAAGUUCCUCAAAGAGGGAGAACCUCAACUUUUCCACCCAACGCCUGAGCGACCUUCUCUUCUCCACCCAAAGUUCCUCAAAGAGGGAGAGCCUCAACUCUUCCACCCAACAUCCCUUGAAGGUGGAGAAGAAUCUUAACCUUUCCACCCCAAAUCAAAGCAACCUUUUCUCCAUCCAAAGUUCCUCAAAGAGGGAGAGCCUCAACUCUUCCACCCAACAUCCCUUGAAGAUGGAGAAGAAUCUCAACCUUUCCACCCCAAAUCAAAGCAACAUUUUCUACAUCCAAAGGUCCUCAAAGAGGGAGAACCUCAACUUUUCCACCCAACGUCUGAGCGACCUUCUCUUCUCCACCCAAAGCUCCUCAAAGAACUUCAAUGUUUCCACCCAAGAUUCCUCAAAGACUCCCAGCCCUUCCAUCCCAAAUCAAAGCACCCAACGUUCCUCAACGAGGGAGAAGACCCCCAACUUUCCCAAUCCACGCCUGAGCGACCUUCCCAUCUCUUUGAAGGACCUGGAUUCCCUGACAUCCUGUUUACUGGAGAAGACCCGCCAGAGGCUCUCCGGGAAGUCCAGGGAGGUGUUGUCCCUGGUGAGCCUGAAGGUCAGCCUGUGGCUGCUGACAGGGUUGCUCUACCCGGCGGUGGCGUUGUCCUUCGCGGAGAUGACCGGCUGGGUCCAGCGCUACGCCUGGCGGCUCAAGCAACGGACGGAGGCCCUCCAACGAGAGAGGCGCCUAGCAGAGGACCUCCUGCACCAGAUGCUGCCAAAGUCGGUGGCCAAUCAACUGCGGAGGAGGGAGAAGGUCGAGGCCGAAAGCUACGACCAGGUGACCAUCUUCUUCUCGGACGUGGUGGGCUUCACCGCCAUCGCCGCGUCCUGCUCCCCGCUGCAAGUGGUGGAGAUGCUCAACGGCCUCUACGUCUGCUUCGACACCCGGAUCGAGUCCUACGAUGUCUACAAGGUGGAGACCAUUGGAGAUGCCUACAUGGUGGUGAGCGGCCUGCCCGAGCGCAACGGCGAAAGGCACGCCCAUGAAAUCGCCCAGAUGGCCCUGGACUUGGUGGCCGCCGUCCGACAAGUCUUGGUCCCCCACAUGCCGGACAGGAAACUAGAGCUACGGGUCGGCGUUCACACAGGGCCUUGUGUCGCCGGCGUUGUGGGGCACAAAAUGCCCCGCUAUUGUCUCUUUGGGGACACGGUCAACACCGCUUCUCGGAUGGAGUCCACCAGUUUACCUCAGAAGAUUCAUAUCAGUUCAGCCACAUAUUUGGCACUGUUGGAGGACAAUGCUUAUGAGAUGGAGCCGAGAGGGGAGAUCGAAGUGAAGGGCAAAGGGAAAAUGCAGACCUACUGGCUCCUGGGGAGCAAGAACCACAGCGUCCAGAACGACAGCCUGGUCUGCCACUGGAAGCCAGGCCUCUCCCAGGAAGUGGCCAAGGGGGAGCGGAGCCGGACCUCAGUGCGCCAGCCGUCCCAAGAGGAGAAGCGAGUGCCGGAUUUGCUGGUGCUCCCCAACAGAUCGGAGGAAGCGGCAGGGAUAUUGCCAGGUUUUGUGGGUGAAGAGUGUGGUGGCCUUUAGAGUGCUACGAAUCCCUUGUUUUUGGUCUCGGAAAUCCCUCCUAAAAGCCACUAGAUGUCACCAAAGCCUUAGCUGGACCAGUAGAUGGUAGCGCUGGAGCGACACUUCCCAAAUGUCCCCGUUCCAACCUACAUACACAUUUGGCUUCAGAGCCGACCUCGUUUGUAACUGGGGGACUGCCUGUAUUUACUUUCUUAACAUACGGAAUGGCUUUGGUAUCCGACGGAUGUGUACGUGGCUUUCCAUAUCUAUCUCUAUCUCUCAUUCUCUCUCUCUUUGGGAAUGGCCCUAACUGGACGUGCCGCAGACCCGAGGUAUUUUAAUGGCCGCUGUCAGCGCCGACACGUUCGCAAGCCUCACACUUCGGGGAAAGAGCGAUAAGAGGGCCGUGCGGACAGGACAGGACGCCGCCAAGCUAACCCUGAUAAGGCCGCGCACGGACACGGCGGUGUUCACACUUCAACAGCCAUACCAAAAAGAGACUCGGUUUCCCGGAAAAGUCUCCGAAGGGAGGCAGGCCUGCUCUGGGUUUGAGUCCGAACUUGAAAGGACA